AGCACUUUCAACCUUGUUGAUCCAAGUUCAGACCCAGAUGUACGUCCUCUAGUGUACACUUUAAGCACUGCCGCAUUAUCCAAGCAACUGGGUUCCCAGAGAUUUGCCAAAUUCUCUUCUUGGAAGUCACUAACAGGAGCCAUCACUCGGCCUUAUUCACAUAGCUCGUCAUUUCAAGACAACUGGGAAGGAAAACAGUUCCUGUAAGGGAUGGCAUUACUGCAAAGCUGAAUUCAAUGUAGAGGAAUCUGAUAAAGCUUCAGCAAUUGUAAUCCAAGCUGCACAAGAAGAGGUUUACAGUCAAGAGAUCAAAUGUAUCCAAAAGCAAGAAAGGAUUCCUAAAAGUAGUCCUCUUUAUACUCUGGAUCCUUUCAUUGAUGCGCAAGGAAUUCUUAGGGUCGGAGGUUGUCUCCAUCGAGCAAGCUUUGAGCAGAAUAUAAAAACUCCUUUGAUAAUUCCAGGCAAGCAUCACAUUGCUACUUUGCUCAUUAGACACUAUCACGAGUGUAUCCACCAUCAAGGCCGCCACUUUACAGAAGGAGCUGUCCGCGCAGCCGGCUUUUGGGUAGUUGGUGGAAAACGUAGGGUGAGCAGCAUCAUAAGUCAAUGUGUAACUUGCAGACGGCUCAGAGCUCCACUCAGCAUCCAGAAGAUGGCCAACCUUCCAGUAGAUCGUCUCACAACAGACCCUCCCUUUACCAACAUUGGACUGGAUGUGUUUGGCCCUUGGAGUGUCUCUUCACGUCGGACGAGAGGAGGUUUUUCUCUCAGCAAGAGGUGGGCUGUAAUUUUUACAUGUAUGAGCGUAAGAGCUGUUCACAUUGAAGUUAUAGAAUCCCUCGACACAUCCAGCUUCAUCAAUGCUCUUAGACGUUUUCUUGCUGUGCGGGGACCUGUCAAACACAUUCGUUCAGACCGUGGCACAAACUUUGUUGGUGCAUGUAAGGACUUAAAGAUACCUUCAAACAUUGACAUUAAGACAGUGAAGAGGUAUCUGUCAGACCAAAGCUGCACUUGGACUUUCAAUCCACCGCAUGCUUCCCAUUGCGGUGGAGCAUGGGAAAGAAUGAUUGGAAUAGCAAGAAGAAUUCUCGAUUCCAUGUUCCUCCAGUUGAAAGACAAACUUACCCACGAGGUGCUUGUAACCUUCAUGGCAGAGGUAGCAGCCAUUAUCAAUGCCAGACCCCUUGUUCCCGUGACUACGGACCCUGAUGAGUCGUUCAUGCUCACCCCUGCAGCUCUUCUCACUCAAAAGGUGACCUCUGUUGCUGCACCGGCAGGCGAGUUUGGAGUUGCAGAUCUGUACAAGUGCCAGUGGCGGCAAGUUCAACACCUUUCGAACACAUUCUGGGACAGAUGGAGGAAGCAAUUUAUACCAACUCUACAACCACGCAAAAAUGGCAGUCCGUUCAACCAAAUGUCGUGCAGGAAGUGUUGUCCUUCUCAAAAAUAG